AUGGCCACAAAGGAUAUACUAGAAAUAAAUGUAUUUGAUCUAGCCUUGAGUGACUUGUUCAAGAAUCGUGGCUCAGCUAUUUACAGCUCCGACCUCAACACAAGGCUAGAGUUUUUGAACGCGUUACUCACAAAAAUCAGAGCUGGAGGCUAUUCAGAGAAAAUUCUUCCUAGAAUUCUACAGUCACUACUUCGUACUUACACUCGAUACGAUGACCGUGCUUCACGUCAAGCCGUUCUUACGAUAUUUAGUGAGUUAUACGAGCAAAAAGCAGAAGCAUUCCUCAAAGCAUUUGUUCCAUUGAUUGUUGAUGAAGCGCAGGAGUUGAAUAAAAAGAGUUCGGAUGGGUCAUACACAACGUCAGCUAAUAACCGAUUCGUCUUGUUAACGUGGAUAAAUGCUCUUAUUGUGUUUGCGGCACAGUCCGAUGAUUCAAUUAAGACAAAGUUGAUCGAGUUGCAAGCUAUAUUGUUAGAUUCACUAAUCGAUGACAAAAUACGAAGGACUAUUAGGCGCGGUGCCAUUGUUGACGUCAGACGAUGCGUUAGGAAGAUUCCUUUAAUGAUUCCUCUAUAUAUCACCCACUUGACGUCUACAACAAAAUCGACAACACCUUCAUAUCGUAAUUCUAUCUUAUUAGGGACGAUUAUCGACGUUGCAAUACGUUUAAAAACCCACGAUGGAAAAAAGUACGUUCAGGACCAAAAAGACAACAUAAUUCAGUACUAUCUGACAGCUGUCGCCGGAUCAAAGACAAUUGUCAAUCGCAAUGCAACGGAAGCGUUCAACGACUUUAUUGCGACGAUGAUAUCUGAGGGAGAAUUUGGCGAGAAAUUUGUCCCCUCGCUACAAAAGCUAUUGCUCCGUGCUCCAGAAAUAGUGCUUAAUGUCCUCAAUCCUCUCGUAAACUCACUUUCGUUUGACACUUCCGAGUUAUUCAAGGCACAUUUUCUACAACAACUCUUAACACUCGUACGGUCCAGUAAUAAGACCGUUCAAGCCAAUGCCGUAGCAUUGCUGUGUGCGUUUACGGAGAAAAGUCGGAAGGAUGAGGUGGUUGUUGAGAUUGGGGCCGACGUCAUGAAGCUUUUAAGUGGAGCAAGAGUCUCUUCUCCCGACCACCGUCUAGCAUUGUAUACAGUUUUAAGUUUUCUACAUAGAACCCCGCUCACGGUUCCUUCGCUUAUUUCUGGGCUUAUUCCUCUCCUGUCAAAAGAAAUCAAUGAGAAUUCUCUCUCUAAAGGCAUCCAAGCGUUUUCCUCAUACGUUCCAAUUCUCUUAUCUACCGAAACGGAACAAGAACUCUUUGGCAGGAUUAUUACGGCUAUCACGUCUGGUAUCAGUUCCGCCAAGUUACCUGUAAGGCGUUCGUGGGCUUUGGGGCUUGGGAAUAUUGUCUGGGAUGCCAGAGAAGAUGCAAGCGUCAAGUUGAGAACUUUGGUGAGAAAAGGAUUAGAAUUGCUUAUUGGUAUUACCGAAAAGAUUGCUGCAAAUCCAUUGGCUGCAGGCGGGGCGGUUGAGGCCUAUGUUUGUAUAGCUAUUAUCGAACGGGUGAAAAAGUGGAAAGAUGAAGAGAUUGAUGGUUUGAUCGAGUCGAAAAAUCUACGAAACAUUAUCCUUGUGACUAGCCCAAAGCCAUCGUUUUUGCUUUGGGAUAAGGUUUAUUCUAAAUUUACUACUUUCGAGGAAGGAAGAUGGUUUUUAAGAGCGCUCGAGGGAAUUUUAUUAAAUGAACGAGUAGACGCCAAGGAAGUCAAGAUUGCAUUAGCCGUUGCGUUCAUCUACUUAAUUACUGCGGCAAACGACCAUGAAACGCGCAGGGAAGCCUAUGACACGCUAGUACGUUGCAAUAAGGAAAAUGCGCCAUUAGUGGGUGAAAUCCUGCAAGAGGGACUGAGGAAUUGGGUAGGGAAUCUCGAAAAGGGCAGCAGAGAUUCUACCGCAAUGCUGGUUGCUACAAGUUCUCCAUCCCUAGAUCCAACAACGUCGGCUUAUAGACUUUCCACAGUCUUGACCGCGAUUACAACGUUCGAGAAGGAUGUCGACUCUCUGAUAGCCGAACAUGCGGUUGUCAAUUUGUUAGUGUUAGCGCACCAUCCAGCUAUAGUCUCUCCAACAGAUAAAUAUAACUGGAUUAGCUUAGUUCAAAGAGCCGGAUUAAAUCCUGGAAAAAUAGUCGAAACUCAUUAUGGAAAACUGCGGCAACUGGUACUGGAUAAUAUCAACGUAGGAUAUGAGUCUCAAUAUUUUUACAAAGCUGCUAUGCACUCGAUAUCUACUCUAGUGUUUAUUCAUCCGGAAGUGAUUGUGCCUUUGUUUAUGGCACAAUGUCACAGAGAUCUUGAUGUGGCAUUACUGAAUGGGAUAGGAGAUCAUGAAAUUGGUAUUUGGAAAACUAAAGAGAAUGAACUUUUCGUUGAUGUGUUGAAACGUAACAAGAAUAAGAUUGUAGAAGACCGUAACCGUAAAGAUUAUCAGACAGAGAGGUGGGAACGCGAGGUGCGCGAACAAAUUGCAAAGAAGAAAGGUGCUUCUAAUACUGAUACGCCAAAAUUGACAAAGGAUGAACAGGCAGCUGUAGAUGCCCAAUUCGCUAAAGAAUCGCAGAUACGAAAACAUGUAAAUGAAAUUCGAGAAAAAAUGUUGCGAGGUCUAGAUAUUAUCGAUUCUAUGAUUAGAGGGAAUUCCGGAGCAAUGGGAGAAAGGAUAUCGGAAUUAAUGCAACUGUUAAAUGUUGUUGUGAAAAAGGGUGGCAAAUUAUUUGGUCAGAAAGCAGUUGAGACUUAUUUGAAGAUUGGAGAAUGUACGGACGAUAGUGUAAAAUCUGUCAUACUGUAUGUUGGAAUUGCUACAUUACGAGUUAUGGACAUUCAAGAAGUACCUGAACAGUGGCAAGAGGAGCCUUUAGGACAUCUUUGUACUCGCGUACUAUUUCGACUAAGAUUAAUAACAGAACGAACACCCCUUUCCCCCACUUCUUUUACAUAUUGUUUUGCGUUAAUUUAUGAAAUUAUUCAAAAGAAAGGAAUAGAGUACGUCGAAGCAAGCUAUGAUCACGAAUCAGAGUACGCCGGUGGCGUCGCUCUUGAGCAGGUUGCUUUAAGUCUAGAUAUCAUAAAAUUCCAUUGUUCAAGGGGCGCGUCUAGUCUUUUACCCCGGGAAAGUAUGCUUGAAUCGUUGUUGCUUAUCAUCAAAGAAGUUCCGAAGUUAUCAAAGAAGGCUCGAAAUACGCUCAUGGAAUUUUGUCAGGCCAUUAGUGAGACCGCAACUGUUACCGAGAUAUCGGUACUGUUUCGUGGUCUUCUUGUGUCUGAAUCUUUUUUGAGACACGCAUGUCUGCAAGCACUUGAAUUCCUUGACCUCACAGAAUUUGAUUUUGCGACAGAGCUAUGGAUUGCGUGCUUUGAUGAAGAUACCAGCUGCAGCCGUCUAGCUACUAAAUUGUGGGACGAUAACGGAAUGGACAUUGAGGAUUGCUAUGCGGUGGAAUUAUUGUCCUUUGUCGUGCAUGAGGUUGAGAAUGUUAGAAUUGCCGCAGCUAAGGCACUUGGAAAUGCAGUAAUAUAUUACCAAAAUACCGUUUCUGAUACGUUGCAACUGAUUUUUCAACGAUUCAAAGAAGAAGCACGACCUAUACAACCGGAAUACGACGAAUAUGGAAUGAUAAUACAGUCAUCGCUCAACAAGAAAGACCCAUGGGAAUCUCGAUACGGUCUAGCUUAUGCACUCGAAAUGUUAGCUCCGAAACUGGAAAAGGAAAAUUUUGAAAGUCUGUUAAACUUUCUUAUUGUCAAUGAGGCAGUUGGCGAUCGCAAUGACAGAGUGCGAGAGAAAAUGCUUGAUGUAGGAUUGGCUCUUAUAGAUGCACACGGUACCAGACACUUGUCGACGUUGAUGCCAAUUUUUGAGCAAUAUCUGGACCAGCCGCCAAUUGAUUCAGAGGUUCACGAUCGAAUAAGAGAGUCUGUUGUCAUAUGGUUUGGUGCGUUAGCAAAGAAUUUGAAUUCGGAAGAUCCGAGGAUUCCAAUUGUCAUCGACCGACUCUUGGAUACACUCAAGACCCCGUCUGAACCUGUUCAACAAGCCGUUGCACAGUGUCUGCCUCCGUUAAUGAAAACUUCCAAAGAAGUAGCCCCUGCGUUAAUAAAGCAAUUGAUGAACGAACUCUUUCAUUCUGAAAAAUACGCUCAUCGAAGAGGAGCCGCUUAUGGUCUAGCGGGGGUUGUCAAAGGUGCGGGCUUAGCAGCACUCAAGGACUGUCGAAUUAUGGCCCAACUAAAUGAAGCAGUUGAUAAUAAGAAGGAUUACAAAUGUCGACAAGGAGCUUUAUUUGCGUUUGAGACGCUUUCCCUAUCACUGGGUCGAUUGUUUGAGCCCUACGUUAUACAGAUUUUACCGCUACUUUUGGCAUGUUAUGGCGAUAGCAAUCCGGACGUUCGUGAAGCAACUGCAGAAACAUCUCGAGCUAUAAUGAGUAAAAUUAGUGGACAUUGUGUCAAGCUUAUUCUCCCAUCGUUGUUGGAGGGUCUCAAGGAUACUCAAUGGCGUACAAAGAAAGGAUCGGUUGAACUGUUGGGAGCAAUGGCUUUCUGCGCCCCCAAGCAGCUGUCGAUUUCUUUGCCCACGAUCGUUCCAAGAUUGACGGAAGUAUUGACAGAUUCGCAUACACACGUUCAAUCUGCGGCGAAUCAGGCGCUAUUACAUUUCGGAGAAAUCAUUAAUAAUCCCGAGAUUCAAGCUUUAGUACCUGUACUAUUACAAGCUUUAAGCGAUCCUGACAAGAAUACGCAGGCUGCUUUGGAUAAUUUGCUUGAAACGGCUUUCGUGCAUUAUAUUGAUGCACCCUCGCUGGCAUUGGUAAUGCCUAUUUUAGAACGAGGUUUACGAGAACGCGGCACGGAAAUAAAAAAGAAAGCAUCUCAAAUAGUUGGGAAUAUGGCGUUUUUGACUGAUGUGAACGACUUAAUUCCAUAUCUGUCUCGCCUAUUACCUGGCCUUAAUGAGGUCCUUGUCGAUCCAGUACCGGAAGCGCGCGCAACUGCAGCAAAGGCUCUUGGAUCGAUGGUUGAAAAACUUGGCGAAGACAAUUUCCCUGGACUAAUCGAUGAUUUGAUUAACACACUUCGAUCAGACACUAGCGGUGUCGACCGGCAGGGUGCAGCACAAGGAUUGAGUGAAAUUUUGGCUGGACUUGGUUUAGAGAAACUUGACGGAUUAUUGCCAGAGAUCAUUACAAAUACGGGAAGUAAAAAGCAUUAUGUGAGGGAAGGGUUUAUGUCGUUACUUAUCUAUCUGCCUGCGACAUUCGGAACGCGUUUUCAGCCCUAUCUUGGCCGUACUAUUCCGGCUAUUCUUUCGGGUCUGGCUGAUGAUUCGGAAUAUGUUCGAGAUGCUUCAUUACGGGCUGGUCAGAUGAUCGUUACAAAUUACGCUAAUAAAGCUGUAGACCUGUUGCUGCCCGAACUAGAGAGAGGGUUGUUCGAUGACAACUGGAGGAUUCGACAAAGCUCUGUACAGCUCAUGGGUGAUUUGCUUUAUCGCAUUACGGGUAUCAGUGGAAAAUCGAAUAUUGGGGAAGAUGAAGAUGAGGCAGGCGGGACGGAAGCCAGUAGAAAAGCUUUACUUGAAACACUCGGAAGAGAAAGGCGUGAUCGUGUGCUUGCCGCGUUAUAUAUUGUUAGGCAAGAUGUGGCUGCCCUUGUUCGUUCAUCUGCGCUUCACGUUUGGAAAGCAAUAGUCUCAAACACACCUCGAACAAUAAAAGAAAUGCUUCCAAUAAUGAUGACAAUAAUAAUCCGUAACCUUGCCAGUACGAGCAUCGACCAACGGCAAGUUGCUGCAAGAACUUUGGGCGAACUCGUGAGAAAGUUGGGAGAAAGCGUGUUAUCUGAGAUUGUUCCGAUUUUGGAGAAAGGCUUGGAUUCGUCUGAAUCUGGUACUCGACAAGGUGUCUGUAUUGCAUUAAGUGAAAUUAUGGGCACGGCCGGAAAGUUACAGAUUAUUGACUUUAUGGAUUCGAUUAUAUCGGCGGUGAGGAAAGCUUUAGUGGAUGAAUCUGCAGAAGUAAGGGAAGCUGCUGCUCAAGCAUUCGAUGCACUCCAACAACAUGUGGGACCGAAGGCAAUCGAUGAAAUUCUCCCGAGUCUGUUAAAUUCACUUCAAUCAGAAGAGAACUCUACCUAUGCUUUAGAAGCUCUUAAGGAAAUCAUGACUGUUCGAGCCAACAUUGUAUUCCCUGUUCUUAUCCCAACUUUAAUCACUGUACCUAUAACAACAUUUAACGCUCGCGCUCUUGCGUCUCUUGUAACCGUUGCCGGUCCAGUGUUGAAUAGACGACUUACAAAUAUUCUCUCGGCUCUGAUGAAUUCAAUCAUUAUGGAGACUAAUCAGGCGACAAUACAAGAAUUACGUGAAACUGAGAAAGCCUUAUUACUUUCUAUUGACAACGCGGAAGGACUACAAACUCUAAUGAUGAUGCUUUUCGAGACGGUUAAAAGCGAACAGCCUUCUCAACGCGCAGCAACAUGCGAUGUAAUUGCCAUUUUCUGCAGCGAAAGCAGCAUGGACUUUUCGCGCUACGUCGUUGACUGGAUCGAUAUAUUAAUAUCGCUACUCGAUGAUCGUCAGAUGGACGUAGUACGGUCAGCGUGGGGAGCGCUGCACGCCGUAACGAGUUCUGUUAAGAGAGAAGAAUUGGAACGAUUAGUAGUACCUGUGAGAAAAGCAGUAAAGAAUACUGGUAUCGCUGGCGUUGAUUUACCUGGAUUUUGUUUGCCAAAGGGCAUUAGCCCGAUAUUACCUAUUUUCUCGCAGGGGUUAAUGUACGGUACAGCAGAGAUAAGGGAACAGGCGGCAUUGGGCAUCGGGGAUCUUAUUCAGAGAACUGCAGCGGAAGCCUUAAGACCAUUUGUUACACAGAUUACUGGACCACUGAUUCGUAUUAUUGGUGAGAGGUAUCCACCGCAAGUGAAGGCAGCCAUACUACAAACUUUGAGUCUUCUCCUUACCAAAGUUCCAACCCAUCUGAAACCUUUCCUUCCUCAACUUCAACGCACGUUUAUCAAAUCUUUAACUGAUCCGUCAUCGGCCCAAGUGCGCAUCCGCGCAGCUUCUGCACUUGGCAUUCUAAUUUCCUUGCAAACGCGUGUUGAUCCAUUGGUAGCUGAGCUGGUGUCUGGAAUCAAGUCUAGUGAGCCGAAUGUUAAGGAAACUAUGUUGAGCGCAUUAGCAAGUGUUCUUAAUAAAGCGGGUGGUGGAAUGAGUGAAGUUUCAAAGAAGGGUGUAAUAGGCGUUGUUUCAACAGGCUUGAACGAUACGGCUGAGGGGAUGAUCAUUGGUGCGGCUAAAGUGCUUGGAAAUCUGUGUAAGCACAUAUCACCCGAAGAAACGAGAUCCAUAAUAACUUCUUAUGUAUUGACGCCGGGCGCUCCACCACUUGGUUCAUUGUAUGCCAUUAAUGCGAUUCUCGUUGAAACUCCACAAAUGUUUCAACAGCUUGGAUUGACUGAGGAAGUCAUCGAUACCCUUACAAAUAACUCUGCGAGUAGUCAGCCGAAUAUAGCAGACAAUGCAAUAUUAGCAACGGGUAAAAUGCUUCUGACGGAAAUGUACCAUGAACAAAACAUAAUUAAACAACUAUUAAUAAUACUUACGAAUAAUAUCCGUGAGCCUGCCACGUCUGUCGUGGAGACUAGGCGAUUGGCAUUGGUCGUGUUGAGCACAGUCGGAAAAAAGUAUCCUGAGAUUCUCGAAACGAAUCUGUCAAUAUUUGUCCCAUCGGUUGUUGCGUGUGCUCGUGACAGAAAUCUGCCAAUAAAACUGGCAGCAGAACGCGCGUUAGUCUUCACAUUGCAACUGAUAUCUGGUGAAAGCGUAAUGCAGCGAUACUUGUCAUCCGCAGAUCAACAAACGUCUAGAGCAUUCACCGAAGUACAUCGUCGUGCUUUGAUGAAAGUAAUAAAUCAAGAAGAGCAACGCCGUGAGCAAUUACGUAUAGAAGGAGCAGCCACUGACGCGGAAGACGAGGAAGAAGCGAGUUGUGUAUGGAGGGUAGGCGAUAUUAAUAGAGACCUUAGUGUAGAUGACGAAUGA